GAGCGCCUGGACGACGUCAGCAAGCUCGACCGCGACAUCAUCAAGGACACGCCGCUGCAAGCUGAAGAAAAGGCGGCGGGGGUGCUCCGUCGAUGCAUCCGAGCUGGAUAUCGUGAGUGCGCGCUGUGGGCACGCAUUACAGUGGCUUCCAGACCAGGGGCGCCCCACCGCACCACGAAGAACGAGCAGCAAUACGAAGGCGCCUACAUCUAUGCCGAGGGCCGCAAGCACGACGACGCCACUGUCAUAAACGCCGAG